AUGCUGAUUUGUGAUGCCCAUGGCACUUGGCCACACAGCAAGAUGAGCUUCGGAGUCUACCGCCCCCAGAUGGGGGUGGCAAGUGGAAUGCGGGUUCUUUGCAGCGACCAGACCCUUCAGGAGCAGCGCCGUGCUGCUGAGCAAAACGGACGCCAGCAGGCGCCUGUGGUGAAUCCCAUCACUGGCGAGCUAGCUGGCGGCGUCGUCCCCGAGACGAAGACAGCGACACGACGUCCACCAUCAGGAUGUAGGAUGCUGUAG